GAUACAAAAGACAGCGCCGAAAAUUCAGAAAAAAAAUGGAAAAUAAAAGAUGCGAUGUCGCGAAAGAGUGCAACAAGUUCGCAAAGUGGUUCCGACUCCCAGAGCAAUAAUACCGAUAUCGAAACACAAAGUGAAGGCGACCAUAAGGAUGACAACCAGACUGUUGAUAAUGACCAGACAGUAAAUUUGGAUGAGAACAUCUCGUUUUUUUUCAGUUCCUGAAAAAUCAAAAAACGAUAAAAAUCCACUGCUUGUAAGAAGUUCUCUAAAGAAAUACAAGCGAUCAAGACCGUCUGUGGAAUGGGAUAAAAGUGAUGACAUCGAUUUAUUUUUCUUUAGUAUGUCUAAAACUGUUAAGAAGCUACCGUAUUGCGAACAAGUGCAGCUCAAGAAGGAAAUCAGCUGUUUAGUUUUUCAGGCAGAACUUAAAAGCAUCCCAGCAUAAAAAAUGAAUAAUAACAGUCAAUAGGAUGUGAUUGUCCUGGCAUACUCGUAUUAAUAACAUUUCAUACAAAGAACAUUUGACAUAAAUACAUACAUACAUAUGGAUGUAUUGAAGAUACUUUCCUUUCCUGUUUGUAAGAUAGCGGACAUUAAUUUCAAUCAUAUAAAACAAAAAAAUCCAUAUAUGCAAUUGAAACUUUGCAAAAUUAAAUAACAACGCGAGCAUAAA